ACCAAGGUAUCGAUCAAGAAAUCGGAGAAAUGAAGUCCGCCGAGCAUCCGAUUUCUGAUGAUGAGUCCGAUAGCGAAUCACCUAACAAGGACCGUUCGGAUUCAAAUCCACUUAUCCAGCCGCUCGGCAGGGACAUAACCAUCAACUGCCUCCUCCGCUUGCCAAGAUCUGACUAUGGUGUGGUUGCCUCCCUUAACCGGUGUUUCCGUUCCCUAGUCCGAUCUGGCGAGCUGUACAAGCUCCGUCGUUGGGCAGGUAUAUCUGAACAGUGGGUUUACAUCUCCUGCAGCCCCCUGGAGUGGGAGGCGUUCGACCCUGACAGCCGGCGUUGGAUGCGCCUGCCGCGAAUGCCUCCAAACGACUGCUUCAUGUUAUCUGAUAAGGAGUCGAUAGCCAUCGGCACCGAUCUUCUUGUUUUCGGGAAGGAAGUCAUGUCCCACGCAAUAAUGAGGUAUAGCAUUCUGACUAACUCAUGGUCUUACUGCACACCAAUGAAAACACCUAGAUGCCUGUUUGGGGCUGCCAGCUUUGGACAGAUAGCGAUCUUUGCGGGUGGCGUAAAUGCUCAAGGGAUUGUAUUGAGUUGCGUCGAGCUAUACAAUUCAGAGACAGGAACUUGGAUGACACUGCCGAGUAUGAAUAAACCAAGGAAGAGCUGCUCAGGCACUUUCUUGAAUGGAAAGUUCUAUAUCAUGGGAGGUAUUGGUAGUAAUUCAGUGUCAUAUACGUGUGGUGAAGAGUAUGAUUUGGAGAAGAGGAGUUGGAGAAUUAUUCCAGAUGUUUACCCAGUGCCGUGUGUGCCGACAGUGCCACCUCUGGCGAUAGCAGUAGUGAAUAAUGAGUUGUAUGCAGCUGAUCAUGCUCCGAGGGAACUGAGGAAGUAUGAUAAACAGAAGAAGAGAUGGAUCAUUCUGGGAAGAUUGCCUGAGGGUUUGGUUUCAACGAAUGGUUGGGGAAUCGGAUUUAGGGGGUGUGGGAAACGGUUAGUUGUCGUUGGUGGGGUGAAGGGGAAGAGAGGAAGUGGUACUGUUGAGAUAUAUUCGUGGGACCCGGUGGAUGGGGUGCCAAGGUGGGAGUUGUUGGCCAGCAGGCCUUUGGGAAGUUUCGUCUAUAACUGUACCGUGAUGGACUGCUAGCCUCUGUUGGAAUGAAUAUGUAUUCUCUCUCAUUUUUCUGAAAAUUUCAGAUUCUCGUCGAAGAAUGAAUAGAAUGUUAUCUCCCAACGAAUCCUAAUGUGUGUAUUGGUUUUCUUUCCUUUCUUUUACACCAUUGAAUUUGCAUUUUGUAACAAACGACUAAUGCUAUUGGGAUCGUAUGCAGUCGUGGGAUUGGUCCAUUUUA